GCGAAUUUUGCAGUGAUGAGUACUAGGCUUUAAUCAAUCUAGUAUUUGUAUCAAGAGCUGCUUUCGGGUGCCACCUUUUGAGCGCUCCCGAGUUACUCAAAAGUACUCCAGCAACAGUUCGACCCGUUCGGUAUCAAGCGUUCGAGUGCAAAAUGCAUGGAGAAUAACAGGUCACUGACAGGUGUGAAGUGUUCCAGGAUCUUCGCACUCUGCACCCGAAAGCGGCUAAGGGUGCAUUUAUGUUGGAGCUUCGAUAAACGAUAAGAGUACCGAUACUAGCGAAGCGUAGAAAAUUAUUUCAUUGGUUUGUACUAAGGCCGUGUUUAUGUUGGAGCUGUGAUAAACGAUAAAAACAACGAUACUAACAAUAGCUGGGUUCGGCUAUUCAGCGCGGAGUUGGAGUGGAGUGAACAGAGCUAAUGGAGUCACGCCUAAUACGGUAAAAAGCAAUACCCGAACCUUAACCCGAACGGCUGGAGUGCGAAUGGAGUUACUCGGAGUGAGCAAGCCGAACCCACCUGAUAUACAUUAGUAUCGUUGCUUUUAUAGAGUAUCACAGCUCCAACAUAAACACGACCUAAGGUGUCUAUGUAGGAGUGACGUGUUAGAACAAGUUUCCAAUGAAAUUAAAUUUUCGUUGGUCUGGUUGCUUCUCUUAUUGCCGCUCUUAUCGUUUAUCGCAGCUCCAACAUAAAUGCACCCUAAUUUUACUGCACUGGUUCUACUAAUAGAAAUGAAAUCGCUAUUAGUGCCUGUUUACAACCGACUCCUGCACUACAAAUAAAAGAGAGCGAAUAUAUCACUUGUGCUAAAAAAGAACAGAUAUACUUUUUAGUCUUGUCAACUUUUUACUGUUACUUCUGACAGAGGUGUUUGUUUAGUUUGUUUAUUCUUUGAAAAAUUGAAAAUAAUUCCGUUGAUUUUCCAAAAUAAAAAUCGAAUUAUGUUGCGGAAUAGCCGUAUGGCGCGCGAAUUGGCAAAUUUGUCCGAUUCGGACAACAAAACCAUUUCGCUAGUUGCAAAAAAUGACAGUUUAGGCGAAUUGGAAGCUCAGAUAACCGGCCCCGAGGGUACCCCCUAUGAAAACGGUGUUUUUAAGUUAGAAGUAUUGGUACCUCAAAAUUACCCUUUUGAGCCACCCUCUAUCAAGUUCCUAACAAAAAUCUACCAUCCAAACAUUGACGACAGUGGCAGAGUUUGUAUGGAUCUCGUCAAAAUGCCUCCAAAAGGCAACUGGAGGCCUACCAUCGGACUCGAGUCUUUGCUGAUUUCCAUUAGGCUACUUUUGGAGUCUCCUAAUCCUGAUGAUCCUUUGAUGGCCGAUAUUGCUACUGAAUUUAAAAGGAACCACUCUGAGUAUGUCAGAAAAGCCAAAGAGUAUACUCAGAAGUAUGCUAAAUGUGUUUCUUGAGGAAUAAUUAAGUUUAAUUCAGAAUUUAGAGUAUUCUUUAUAAACAAAGUUCCUAAAUCACUAUAAGUAGCUGUUGGACUUUUUUAUGAAAAAUACUAUACAAUUUUAUACUUAAGAGAGAUUUCUUGUCUGUUGUAAUAAAGCUCUCUGAUUGUUCUUGUUAUUGGAACUUGGAACACACCAAUACUGAAAAAUUGAUGAAUUUUGUGAUGCUCUUAAUGGUAAGAUAAUUUAGUUAAUGGAUUGUUAAAAUGAAAAACCAAAAAUCAAUAAAUAUUUCUUUUUGUAGUUCUUAUAAUACAUAUACGAAUUGGAUUAAAGUUUACUUCUGUUAUUUUUUUUCUCUUUAUAUUAGACAAUAGACGUAAGAUUAAUUAUUCAUGAUAAAAUUUAGAAAUUUUUACAAUCUUCAAAAAAAUCUUGAAAAAUAGAUACUUACAAAAGUUGAAUUAGGGCUGGUUUAUCCACCUUUUGAUAAACUAUCAGGUAUACAAUCUGACAGAUAAAAACGCAAUCUGUAAUCACCAACCUUUUUGUAUCUUGUCCAAAUCUUGGAUUUUGUUUAGUAAAAUGCUUUGUUUGCCUCAUAAGAAAAUUAAUGACAAAACCAACGUGAUUAUUUUUUUAAAAAUUACUUAGAAGCUCGUCGAUUCUGCUCAGCACUUGUCGCCUCAUUUUUUAUAUGAAGACUACGCCGGUUAUCUUUGUUUUUUUGAAAAUUUUCAUCCUCCUCACAUUCUUCAGCAUAGCUACUCCUUGCGGCUUCAGCAAAGCUCUUAAACGAUCAAAAAUAAACUCAGCAGUAAUAAAAUCCAAAAGCUUACCUCAGGAUAUUGCUGAGACAGUUUCACCUUGACAGCUCUGAUUUUCUUGAAAAUAUAGUCCAAAUCUCGUUUCAUUUCGCCCAAAAGUUGUACGUGCUUUCUGAACUCUGGUCCGACAGUUUUAAGCCUGGAAGCGCUCAAGGCGUUGCAGUUUGUCAACAUUUCAUUGGUUUUUUCAAAU